GUUAAAAGUGAAAACAAAAGUGAAAACAAAUAUUUUCUUACUUUCUACGAUUCUGUAGAACUCUAGUUUAUCCUUCCUAACAGAUUCAUGAGGUUUGAAAUUUCAGGAAGUAUAUUACCGUAUGGGAAAGGGUAAUGCCAUGAUGCCAUCUAUCUGCUUAGUGCCUGCCGUGACAUUUUGAUUCAUCCGUGUGAUCAAUGAGAUUUCAGAACUGUCGGUCCUAAAUUGCGUCAGUGUGGAUGCUUUCUGGAGGAUUCCCCUUUCAUCCAUUUAAUUCUUCUUGUAUCAUAGCACUGAUCAGUUAUCUAUACCGCUGACGCCAGUAUGGACCGCUUUCAAAAACCUCCAUCUCGCCGCCGAGGGCGCACUAAACACCGUUCCGAUCCUAGUCAGGUCUCUAGAACCUAUCAGAAUUCAGAUUCCGAUGAAGACCAGUACGACGAUGCUGGCAGUGCCAGUAAAGCCAAACGUCAACCCCCUCCUAAAGACCUUCUGGUGUUUGGUUAUGCCAGCCGCAUUUUCCGCAAUGACGAGAUAGCGGGCCAAGUGGAGAGCGGACGAUUCAUGAUUCCGUGGAUGGGCGACCCGGGUUUAAUGAUCGACAGGUAUGAUUGUCGUGGGCAUUUGCACAAUCUCCGGGAAUAUGAUGCUUCGACGGCGGUUUCCUGGGUGGCGCCGCAACCAAACGAUGAUGAGUCCAAUUUGGAAGCCAAAUGUCAGACGGAGCGCUACCGUGAUCUGGUAAAAAUUCAGGAGAAAGAGCGAUUGAGGAAAGUGGAAGAGAAACGGAAGAUCAUGGAAAGGGAAUAUGUCCGGGCGACGGCACCGCCUUCACCUCUCCGGCUGCCCGUACGCCGGCUGAAAAUGCUACAGGCAAUAACUCAGAUCAAGGAUUUCAUGCCAUUGGAUUUAAUUAUAACUCGGUUCCACCACCACCUCCCGGUGAGGGCCCGGAAAAGGAUGAAGAAGAAAUCAAAAACGAUGAAACUCCUAGUGCUACUGCUGUUUCGGCGUUUUUACAUACAAACCGCUGCUGAAAACGAAAAGGAAAUGCAGCCGUUUAUUCCGCGCGAAGAUUUCGACAUUCCGUCACACAUUUGUUUGCCUCAAUAUAAACGUUUGAAUACCAUUAUCGAGCGCACGGCAAACUUUAUCGCUGACAAAGGCCAGCAGCUGGAAGUUGUCAUCCGUGCUAAACAGGCGAAUAACGAAUCUUUCCGUUUCCUCCAGCCUACCGAUGUCCUCCAUCCAUAUUUUCGUUUCCUAGUCGACUCCAUCAAAAGCGGCGCUUAUAAACCUGCGCAAGAGAGUAGCUCCUCGUCCUCGGAAGACGAAGACUCUGAUCAUUAUCUACAUCCCUCUUUAUUAGCUGCCAAGAAACCACCUCCCGCUGCUCGUCCGACUCUCCCUCCGGCUGCUGCCAAAGUCUUCGCGGAACCGAGCGCUUUUUCUUCCCUGUACGGCAGCCUAAUUGAUAAAGUACAAGCUAGUGCAGCUAGUUCACGUAGCACGGUUCUAAUGGAAGGCGGCCGGCCCACUCCCGAGAUGAUGUCAGCAAUGGAAAAGAUGGCAGCAUACGUAGUGAAAAAUGGAUCGCAGUUUGAAAAAAUGAUUCGAAAUCGGCACGGUCCGGAUGAUCCAAAGUUUGGAUUUAUCCAUGGUUAUCAUCCUUACCACAGUCUCUAUGAUGAGAUGAAGAGGAGUUUCCGGAAGCCGGUUGUGGAGGAAGAUGUACCAGUACCGCCACCUACGGCAGUCGUUCCGGCACCGAUACUGGAGUUUUUACCGCCGCCACCACCACCUCCUCCACCGCCGCCACCUCCUGUUUCAUAUGAGGUCAUUACGCUACCGUCAUCUCCGCCACUGCCUCCUCCACCCCCUCCGCCACCACCGCCGGUAGAAGAUCCGCGCAUAGCGGAGCUAAAACGGAAAGCAGUGGAGGCAUCAUUACGAAUUUCGGAGAAAUUGAAGGAACGGCAGAGUAACGGCGCACCAGAGCCCAAACUGCCCACCCCGGUGGUGUUCACCGUUAAGAGCAAAGAAAAACCGACACGCUUCGAGCGAAGAAUUGUGGAUCUGGAGGAAAUUAUCUUGCCUGUGCCACCACCUGCGCCGAAGGUGGAUAAAACCGAGAAAGUGGUGGAGGUGAAGAAUGUGGAACCGGGAUCGCUGUUGGAGCUGUUGCAAACUAAGCGCGAGCGCAAACGCAGUAGUAGUCGCGACGGGAAGGAGAGUCGAAAAGAGAAGAAAAGGAAACGUAGCCGGAGUCGGAGUCCACAUGAUCAACGACAUCGCUCGCAUCGAAGCCGAGAGCGCAGCCACAAGCAUAAGAAAGAGAAGAGGAAGCGGGACUUAUCAUAGAAGUUUCUUAAUUCCGAGAUUCUCUGAAUGUUUGCUAGUUGUUCUUUGGGAUAACGAACUGUUAAUUUGGAGGCGACUCGCUCCGGCUGUGAUGAAAUGAUAAUACCAAUUGCUUUACUUCCUUAGUGUUUUUGCUGACCGGAUAUUGCUGUUGGGUAAUGAAAAUGUUAAAAAUGUGGUUAUAAGGACUACGUUCCCAUGAUUUCAUCAUCUUUUUAUACUUACAAAAACAAUCCAAGUUUGUCCAUCAAUAG